GAUUGAUUGAUUGAUUGAUUGAUUGGCUAAUUGAUUGAUUGAUGUUUCAGGUUAUAUUGUAUCAACGAUUGCACCAACCAUUACUGCAGCCACGUCUCUUGGUCCCCCACUUAUGUUACCUCUCUUGAUUUUCGGAGGAUUCUUUCUCAAGACCGUAUCUGUGCCUGUUUAUUUUGUGUGGCUCAAGUAUAUUUCAUGGUUCAUGUAUGGCUUUGAGGCUCUGAUUAUCAACCAGUGGAAAGACUACGGUCCGAUAUCAUGUGGCUUGAAUGCGACUACUACCCCGUUGACAGCCAUGAACGGUUCCUCUGGGGGGGUGGGAGAUGGAGUGCCGUGCAUACCGAAUGGAAAUGCAGCCAUCAAGUUUCUUGGCUUUGAGGAGGACAAUCUACUGUUUGACAUUUACUGUCUUUUAGCUUUGAUGGUAGGAUUUCGAAUAANAGAGAGAGAGAGAAAGAAGGAAAGAAAAACAACAAACGAACAAACUGUACACUUGUAG